AAAAAAAAGGAAUAUCAGAAACAGAAACGCCAAGGCAGGGAAUACAAGAAGCUCGACAGCGGAACGACUGUCAGCCCUCCCAUCUUACAUCUCAUUUCAUUUUUCAAAAGGGACGGGAUCCCUAGAUUUUUACCAUCAUGGGAAAGACCGAUGCGUCUGUCCCUCUCUUGGGGGGGAAAGCCUCCAUUGAUCCAACUCUAGCUGCCUUGUUCGAGACGAGUGCUGGCCCAGUCAAAGCUCCAUCCAUCCCGACCAAGGCGGAGAAGCGGGCUGCGGAGGACGAUGAAGAUGAGAUCUCCGAACUGGAAGACGAAUCUUCCCUCGAGGACGAAGAGAUGCAGGAGGCUCCGGAAGCCUCAAGUGACGCUGGCAGUGAAUCGGCUCAGGUAGCCGCCGAGGCACCCAGCCGGAAGCGCAAGAGGACAGCCGCCGAAGAUGUCGAAGAUUCAUACAUGCGCCGCAUAGCGAAGGAGCAAAAGAAGGAAGAUGAUAAGCGACGGGAAGAGAAGGCGAAACGACAGAGGACAGCAGAGGGCGAGAAAAAGGACGAUGAGGAAGAGUCUGAGGAUGAGGGAAGCUCCGCAGAGGUUGAGGAGAGUUCCGAUGAGGAUGAGGGCAAGACGGAGAUCCCGAAGCACGAGAGCCAGGCCGGAGACGCUGAGUCUAAGGAACUGGAGAAAUCCAACCGGACUGUCUUCCUGGGCAACGUGUCUAGUGAGGCGAUCAAGUCCAAGGCCGCUAAGAAGACUCUCCUCAAACACCUGGGAUCGUUCCUCUCUACACUUCCGGAGUCUACGGGGCCUCAUAAGGUCGAAUCGAUUCGCUUCCGUUCUACGGCCUUUGCCAGCGGUGGCCAGGUUCCCAAGCGAGCUGCAUUUGCCAAGCAAGAGGUUCUGGAUGAUACGACGCCAUGCACCAAUGCAUAUGCCGUCUACAGCACCGUGCAAGCUGCGCGGAAGGCGCCCGCUGCGCUCAACGGUACCGUGGUUCUGGACCGCCAUCUGCGUGUCGACAGUGUUGCGCAUCCCUCCCAGACCGAUCACAAACGGUGUGUCUUCGUCGGUAACCUGGACUUUAUCGACAACGAGGCCAAACCCGAUGACGAGAAGAAGAAGAAAAAGAGAGCCCCGGCAGACGUGGAAGAAGGACUCUGGCGGAUUUUCAACGCCCACACCGGUGGAAAGAAGGAGAAGAAGGAGGGUUCCAAGAAUGGCAAUGUCGAGUCGGUUCGCGUGGUCCGUGAUCGUCUCACUCGGGUCGGUAAAGGGUUCGCCUACGUUCAGUUCUAUGAUCAGAAUUGUGUGGAGGAGGCUCUUCUGCUCGAUGGAAAGCACUACCCGCCCAUGCUCCCCCGCAAACUCCGCGUGUCGCGGGCCAAGAAGGUUCUGAAGAAGCGUGGAGACAGUGGCAGCCAAGGGAAGUCACUCGGAGAGGCCGAUAAGACCCUCCAAGGUCGCGCUGGCAGACUUUUCGGUCGCGCCGGUGCGGCCAAGUUGAAGGCUGCCGCAAAUACGUCCAUUUCACAGAACUCCCUGGUGUUCGAAGGCCAGCGGGCCACGGAAGGGGCCUCGCGCAUCCGGGUGAAGACAAAGAGCCGCGGCUCCAAGGGCAAGCCGAACAACCGGAGCAGCAAGCGUGCUGCGGCCUACAAAGCCGCCGGAGGGUGGAAGGGGAAGACGGCUAAUUAGAGAGGGUCAGGCCCUGUAGUGAUGUUUCUUUAUGUAAUUUAUUCCCUCGGUGUACAUCGGUUCUUAAAAGCCAAUCCAUG